UCACGCAUCGGUCUGUCUGCUGGAGCUGAUGCUGCCUCCGGGUUUCUAACACAUGUCACAAUUUCCCUUACGCAGUCUGCUAUUCCUACCGCAGCUGUGUUUGCAUCUGUCCUAAAUGUAGGAUUCAGUUCCCGAAAUGACAACUUCUCCUUUUGAUCGCCUCUCGUGGAUAAAUGAGGACAAAAAAAGGGAUGAUUACCAGGCUGCGAUCUCCUGCCUGUCGGAGGGUUUCAGGUGGACCGCUGCCUCCUCGCUUGCUACAAUUAUGGGUCAAGUUCCUCAAACCACAGAAGAUUACUGGGAAUAUGACUAUGACAUCUACGAUAACGCCACCUGGCCCACUGCCACCGGCCGGUCGCGGGCCGCCCCGUGCGAGCCGGAGGACAGCUACGGGUUCGCGCAGAGGUUCUCGCCCGUCGUGUACACCCUGGUGUUCCUCCUGGCCUUCGUGGGCAACGUGCUGGUGCUGUGCGUCAUCCGACGCUACCGAAACUCCCAGAGCGGCGGCGCGUGCGCCUUCUCCCUGACGGACACCUUCCUCCUUCACCUGGCCAUCUCGGACCUGCUGCUGGCCUUCACCCUGCCCCUGUUCGCGACGCAGUGGGCGCACCAGUGGGUGUUCGGCCUGGCCGCCUGCAAGCUCUCCGGCGCCCUCUUCUCCCUGAACCGCUACAGCGGCAUCCUGUUCCUGGCCUGCAUCAGCUUCGACCGCUACCUGGCCAUCGUGCACGCCGUCACUUCCGGCUGAAAGCGCAACGCCUGGCACGCGCAGGUCGCGUGCGCCCUCAUCUGGGCGUGCUGCCUGGCCCUGAGCGGCGCGGACGUCGCCUUCAAGCAGGUGGAGGAGGUGAAAACGGGGGCCAAUCGGACGGCGCUCCUGUGCGUGGUGUGGUACACGGAGCACCCCACCCGGUGGCGGGUGGGGCUGCAGCUGGUGGGCAUGCUGCUGGGUUUCGGGCUCCCCUUGUUGGUGAUGCUCUACUGCUACAUCCGCAUCUUCAAGUCGCUCUGCAACGCCACCCGCCGGCAGAAGCGCAAGUCCCUCCGCCUCAUCGUGUCCCUGGUGUCCGUGUUCGUGGUCUGCUGGGCGCCGUACAACGGCUUCCAGCUGGCGGACAGCCUGCACAGGCUGGGCGCGGUGACCGGAGGCUGCCGGUUCGGCCACGUGAUGGACGUCGGCACCGUGGUCGCCGAGGGCUUGGGGCUGUCGCACUGCGCGCUGAACCCUCUGCUCUACGGCUUCGUGGGGGUGAAGUUCCGCAGGGAGCUGGGCAGGAUGUGCGGGGGGCUGCUGGGGGGCAGGGGGGCGCGGGGGAUGGAGGGGUGGAAGCAGAGGAGGCUCAGGAAGAGCACCGCGUCCUUCAGCUCGGCGGAAAGCGAGCACACCUCGUACUCCGUCAUGGUGUGAGACGAGGGGAUUGAAUAAAUAAUCAAUUCUGCAUAAUUGUGGCUUUAAAACGUCCUCAGCGGGGAAAGUGAAGGAUUUCUUCCGCUGGUGCUUUGAUUUCUGUUUGUGUGGUCUGCUGUUUUAGUUUGGAGCACAACGACCUUCUGACCCAUUUCUGCACCCAGAAGAGCCUGUUCGGCAGUUUGGAUGCAGAGGCCUCACCUGUCGCCUGCUCACACACUCACGUUCUGAUCACAGUCAUCUUGGACUGCGGAAUGUGGCACCGUGUAAAAACAGCUGACGUUUCAAUUUCUUCUUUUUCAAUUCACGAUUCAAUUCAGCCGGUCUCCCAGAGGCAGGUAUGGCUCGGUUUGAAAAGUUGUAUAUUAUAUUAAAACCCAUGAUGUUUGUGAUGUGCAAAUAUUUUUGGAAUAAAUAUUUUGGAAUAAAUA